AUGAAAGGAUCCGUAGUUGCAAUUUUAGCCACAACAAUGGUACUUUUCAUGCUCGUAAACCUAAAGCCGGCCGAUGCGGCCACUUUCACGGUCGGCGACGCCGGUGGCUGGACCUUCGGGGUCAACAGUUGGCCCGCCGGGAAGAGCUUCAGCGCCGGUGACGUGCUCGUUUUCAACUACCCGCAAGGGCUGCACAACGUGGCGGUGGUGGACGCCGCCGGGUACAACGCCUGCGAUACGGCGGGGGCGACGAUAUUGACCUCCGGCCACGAUCAAGUCACCCUGGCAAAGGGAGCGAACUACUUCAUCUGCGGCGUCGGUGCCCAUUGCCGAGCCAAUAUGAAAAUGACCGUCAAUGCUUCUUAA